GAUUUUGGUUCUCGGUAAGCAGUUAGACCCUAUGGCGGUCGCCUACAAACACCGUACCGUACUAGUCGUAACACUGUGACAGGAAUAAAGAUCUAGAUCUAGAUCUAGUUGUUAUAAAUUAGUGUGGUUUUUUUUUAAUUUUAUAUAGAUCUAAGCCUCAUUGUUUCCAUUCAUAAUUCACAUUUUUACUGUCAAGUUGUUUCUGUUAAUAUUCUGAGUUCGUUUAAUUUAAAAGAUCAACAAAAUGCUUGGGGCUCCAACAACUACUGCAGGGUCAACAGGCUUUACCUUCGGUUCUUCAACCUCUGGUGGAGGGUUUUCCUUUGGAGCUGGUUCGGGUGGCACAGCUGGAGGUUUUGGAGGGUUUGGUCUCUCAGGUGCCGCAGCAACAAGUGCACCAACAGCUGCAACAACUGGCUUCAACUUUGGAGCAGCUGCCACUAAGCCCCCUACAAGUGCAACUGGUUUUGGGUUUACUUUAGGCACUCAACAGCCCACUUUAGGCACCCAACAGUCCACUUUAGGCACUCAGCAGCCCAGUUUAGGCACACAACAACCAGCUUUAGGCACCCAGCAGCCAGCUCAAGUCUCUCAGCCAUCUAGCACAGGAUUUGGAUUCUCUCUAGGAUUGACUCAGCCGUCGCAGCCCUCACAGCCUGCUACAGGGUUUUCUUUUGGGCAGGUCUCAGCUGCAGGUGGUGGUGACACAACCGCCACAAACACCGCAACAGCUGGUACAAUUGGCUUCGGGAUAAAACCUCCAGCUUCAACCACACAAAGUGGUUUUACUGGUUUUGGUGUAGGUGCAGCUACCACAACAUCUGGGGUAGGCACUGGGUCACUGCUUGGGGGACUUCUCAGCGCUCCCACUACAACAACCACCUCUACAGCUCCAGCGUCAACUACCUCAGCCCCUUCUGGGUUUAGCUUUGGAGGCUCUAUAACAGCUCCAGCUUCUACAGCUUCAACAGUUGGAGGUUUUGGUUUUGGGUCAACCACAACACAACAGAGCUUGACAACUUCAAGUCUGGGUGGAGGAAAUGUAUCUAGUACUUUUGGAGUUCCCUCAUCUUCAUCUGCUGUAACAUCCACAUUGGCAACCUCCACAGUUACUACUAUUGGGGCGCCCGCAGUAGGUCAGAAACAGAUGACUUUCAGGCAGCUUGAGGAGACCAUUAACAAAUGGACCACAGAACUGGAGGAGCAGGAAAAAUAUUUCCUAGAGCAGGCCACACAAGUCAACGCCUGGGACAGGAUUGUCAUGGAUAAUGGAGAGAAAAUCAUACAGCUGAACAAAGAUGUUGAAAAGGUAAAACUAGAUCAACAGAAGCUUGACCAUGAACUAGACUUUGUCCACUCACAGCAAAAAGAGUUAGAAGAUAUUUUGGUGCCCUUAGAGAAAGCGCUAGACUCCAUGCCUGCCAUUAGCUACCAACAGCAUGCAGAUGUUGAAAGGGAACACACGUACAUGCUUGCGGAAAGUUUGGAUGCACAGCUCAAGCGCAUGGGCCAGGACUUAAAAGAAAUCAUUGAACGUCUCAACUCCUCCAACUCCAAGCCUGAUCCUAAUGAUCCAGUUCAGCAAAUAACCAAAAUAUUGAAUGCCCAUGUUGUUUCCUUGAUGUGGAUUGAUAGAAACUCAGCCAACUUACAAAAACAAGUUGAUGACAUCACCAAACAGAUGGAGAGAGAGAAGAGAGAGCAGGAGAAAAAUUUCAGAUUGGCUUACAGUUAAAACUUUUUUAUUUGAAUACAUUUCAUCCGUUAUGUGUACACAUU